CACUAUAUAUUCUUAAAAUUCUUCACGACAGGCUUUUUCUUUUGGCCUGAUAUUUCGAUACUACAAUAUUUUUUAUUGAAUUGAUUGGCUCACGCGAGAUCAGCUGGUCUCGCGUUCUCACGCUCUCCCGAGGUCGCAUCUAUUCUCGUAUUUUUCUUCGCAUCAAUCGCAAGCCACCCGCAGGGGUCCGCCCCUUUUCACAGACCGCGACAGCAAUACGAGCCACAAGGGCGCCAUUCCCACGCAACUGUCACAGCCAUGCCCUCUCUUUUCUCAUCCUCGCGCGACCUGGGCGCCAGCAGACCACAAUGGCCUCCGCCGUGGACAUAAUCACCUACAUCGGUAUUCCUCUCGCCGUUCUCGGUGUCCUCCCAACCAUAUACACAUGUCUCAAGAGCUUCUUCACCCUGCGCGAAGUCACGAAGACGUUGCAGCGAAAUGGCGUCACGGCGAUAACGCGCAGCGCGUUGCUUUCCGGGAUCGUCGAGAUUGAGAUUCAGCGCCGCAGCAUCAUCCCCCUCGAUCGCUCGCAUCCGAAGUAUUUCGCCCUGCGGGAGCAGCACAGUAGCUUGAAGGGCGGGUCGUGGACUUUAUUCUACUGGAAAGAGCUGGUGAUUGGGGUGAAGAGUUACCGGCUGCAGUACCAUGACCAGUUGUCGCAGCCACAGGCGGAGGUACAAUUUGAAGCGCUCAUAGCGUUUUUGUUGGAUAGAGGCGCGAUGCCGAGGAAGGAGGGGUGGGCUGAUUUAAGGAGUGCAGGGCUUUGGACACCUGCUGGGACGAGGUUGUUGGUGAGCCCGGUGUCGAAUGAGGAUGUGUUGACUGUGGCUUUGAGUGACGACUCGGAUGGAAUCCUCAGUUUGAGCCUGAACUGGAAGGCGGAGUGGGAUCGAGGGGGAAAGGAUAGCCUGCCACCAUACUGGGCGAAGAUUCAACCGCCUCUGAAGAAGGAGGAUGUUUUUGCGAAGAUGGAAGAGGAGUCGCGAGCAGGGGCUGAGUCUGAUGAUCAGAAUGAGGUGGAGGCCAAAGGUGGCUUUUUGGAUGAUGACAGCGCUGACGGCGAACUGGAGAAGGAUUCUGCCGUUCGAGUGAGGAUCUCCGCAGCGGGUCUUCAAGAAGGACACCCUGAAGAUGAUCCCAAGACCAAACUGCCGCUCUUCCAUAUCCGCUCCGAACCCUCCUUUGCCGACUCUACCGCUGGUUUCUGGUUUUGCUGCGCUGUUACUGCUUUGAAGGCCUCUGACGGCGGACUUUGGGCAUUUUGCAUCCCCGAAGACGUCGUUGCACUCGCUCGAAGAGAGAGUGUUCCAUGUGGAGUCAUGGUCUUGCUAGGUGCCAUGACAGACGAUGAGGUGCCUGCCUGGCGUACACCGUACGACGAGCAGGCCGAGAGCUUUGAGAGGCACGUAAAGUUCGCAGAGAGGAGUCGACAAAUGGCUGAGGAGAAUCGCUUGCCCCCAGCUGAGCGCGAAAAGGCGAGGAGGAAACGUAUGGCACAAGAAGCGACGGAUUUCCAUAAUGAGUCCCAGAGACGGAUGCGGAGGCUGCAGCAACGGUACGAAGCUGAAGUGCUGGAAGCUUUGCAAAGUCAACGACUCUCGAUAUCCAUCGUUGCAGAAGCGAAUCGGAAAUGGCUCGUCAAGAGAUUCGACCUUCCCGACACGCUCAGUAGUCGAGACCUGCUUCAACAAGUGUUGUACGGAAUGGUCCAAAAUGCAUCGUUUGCGAAGCGGCUUGCUGCGAUGUUGGAUUCGUGGAAAAGUUGGAGUCAGUCCGGAGGCAUGACGAAGGGCCAUUACCUCGACAUCAAGCAAGAUAAUGCGGCGUUCGCAUUGGCUAGUUUUGUUCUGGAUGCUAUAAGAAGCACUGUCAAUGAGCCGACCGGCAGUGUGGUUGGGGAUCUGCAAGAGUGCCUGAGGAUGUGGAACAAGGUUCGUUUGGGCUGAUAUUGGCUCUAUCGCAGGUUGAUCGACUGAAUGUGGGUAUCUUAUAUCGUAGGCAGUUGGAGCUCAAUGAGACGAAACAGGAAUAGUAUUCGACGUAAACAUAUCGAAGACUGCCCUUGUAGGGUAUUCUUAUUACCUGUGAUCGUCCAUAUCGCUAGGUUGACUGAAAAGCCUGUCGGGAUUUAUUUUGAUUGGUUCUGACUCUCGACUGAAGUCGAAUUGAGUGAAGUUCCAUUGAUGAAUUUGGC